AUGGAUGAUGUCUCUGUCUGUAUUCUAGCUGCUGCACAAUCCUCUGAAAUUCAUCUUGUUACAGCCAAUGUUGGAGAGACAGUGACUUUGCACUGCUUCUAUAAAGGCAACCUGGCACGGUACUUUAUGUGGUACAAGCAAACAAUGGGUGACAAUCCCCAAAUCUUAUCAGUAUUUUACAAGUAUAACAAGAAUGCAACAUUUUACCAUGAAUUUAAGGGUAACACUCGCUUCUCAGUGCAAAGCGGUGAAGGAAUGAAUCACCUAAAGAUCUCAGACAUGCAGCUCUCUGAUUCAGCCACAUAUUACUGUGGGAACUCUUAUGCCAACCAGGUGGAGUUUGAAGAAGGAGCCAUUCUGAUUGUGAAAGGUACAACAUCUGAAUUUAGAAUGAAAGGAAAUAGUAACUAAUGUUCUGCAACUAUAAUGUUGAGGGCUUUUUCCACAUUACGUUUUGGAUACAAUGGCUUAAUUAUGCUGUAUUUGCAUAAUCAGAAAUGAGAAUGAUUUCAAAAAUGUUAAGUUGGGACACAACAUACGGAACAGAUUUACUGACUUAUAAACCUUCUUGUCAGGAUCAGGGUCCAGAAACAUGUCUGUGCUCCAGCAGCCUGUGUCUGAGUCAGUCCAGCCAGGAGACUCUGUGACUCUGAACUGUACAAUACACACUGAGACCUGUGCAGGAGAACACAGUGUCUAUUGGUUCAGACACGGCUCAGGAGAAUCCCGUCCAGGAAUCAUUUACAUCAAUGGAGACAGGCAUGAUCAGUGUGAGAAGAGCUCUGAUGCUGGGUCUCUUAUGGCAAGAAGGUGGAGUUUGGAGAAGGAGCCAAUAUAAACUCUCGUUUGCAACUGUUGGACUAAUUAUUACACCCUUGAUCAGCUAGAUGCAGGCAAGAGUGUGCAAGGCGGUAUUGAAUGUGUCACUGUCUGGCACCUUGAUUACUCAAAGUUCUCUUGACCUGUGCACCUACGUUGCAAACUUUCAUUCAUAGGCUAGGUUGUAGCAACCUCAUGAUGGGUACAGGGAACAUUUUAGUAUCAUGUAUUAACCUAAACCUAUCAGUGUUACAUUGAGCUGGGUGAAUGGAAUAUGAAUGACAGUCAUCCAAUAGAAAUAAGGCCAUGUUCAUUAAAAAACAGCCCCGACUGCCACUGGUGUAUACUAGUCGUUCUGUCUGUCAGACCAGGCACUAAAUCAGACUGGGGGAAAAAUAACAUAAUCAAUGAUGAUGAUCUUUUCUACACAGAAUAUCGUACACAAUUAUUGCCCGGUGAUCAUCUGAAAUUCCCAAUACCUUUCUGAUGCAUUUCAGUCACUUCAAACCAUACUUCCUUCAGAUUAAAAACAGUCAAAAGUACUGUUAGACUGAUUUGUAAUAGACUGUCAUAGCUCCAAUUUAUAAAUGUAAACAUUGGUCUUUGAUUACAUAACUUUUUGUACAUGGUUGGGUCGCAAAAGAUGUUUGAUAUCAAAAUAUGGUCACGGGCAAAAAAGUUUGGGAACCCCUUGGUUAGUAUCUCUGACACCCAGACAGAUCUGCAUGCUAUGAUCAUGAGCUAAAAACAAGUAUGGGUAGCUGCAGCCCAAUAUGGCGACCGGAGUAUGGGAGAGUGGGUGUGUCGAAAGGAGUGGGUGUAUGGAAAGCGAAUCAGCUAAUUGGGCAGAUUUGUUCCCACUCAAGACCGUUUUGCGUGGCUGAUUUGGCUGAAUGACUAGACGAUAAGCCGGUGACCAGUGCACCGCUGUUGUAUCGACGUGCUUCUUACUGAGGAGCUAUAUCAUGGUCGUGUCGCCAGCGGUAGCUAACGUGGUCAUGUUUUACCAUCACGUUAUUUUAUUUCAAGUAGGAUAGCAGCAUACACAAUAACUCAUAUUGAUAACCAUCUAGAUGUCACCUUGAUACAUACAUACAAUCUACUACUCAAUGGGGAGACCAUGAACAGCAACAACACCGGGACACACUGCCCUUUGCUCCCGUUUGCCAAGCACUAAUGUCCGGCAACGGCGUGAGAAGUAGCUACCUACUGUAGUAGCCAAUAUGAGGGUGACAGUCACAGUAAGCACACACAUACAACACAUUAAGCAACAGUACACCCAUCAUCAGUAUUUAUAAUAACAAAUAAACAAUAGUCAGUUUUAUAACUCAAAAUGUACAAUUAUUUGUGUAAAACUAACAGUGAAAUACGACUCAGAGUCAUGCUCUGGCUUCAAAACAGACGUCCAAAAUCUCAUGGUAUGGAGCUCAAUGUAUCGUAGUUGCGUGGUAAGAAACUGAAGAAGAAAACACACCGCUCAAUCAAAACAGUCUAACCUAUAGCAGAGAGAUUUCGACACACCAACUCCUUUCCACACACCCACUACUUUCCUUUCGACACACCCACUCGGCCAUUUUCCAGAUACCAUAUUGGACUGCAGCUACCCCCCUUCUCGCAAAAAAAAAUACUUGUCUACCUUUGAAGCUGUAUCUAGUCAGGCUAGUUAGGGUUACGCUAGGGUUACUGUUAGGGAUAGGGUUAGAGUUAGGCUAGGGCUGGGGUUAAGGGUUAGGGCUGGGGUUGGGGUUAAGGGUUAGGAUUAAGGCUAGUGGACAGUUAUUUUGAACAUGUAUAAUCCAUCUGUAGGGGACUAUACAAAUAAAGCCUUACCAGCACUAACCCUGAUAGGGUGAAGCCUUGUGGUCACCUAUGAACCCCACCUAACCCAAACACCUAUAUGAACCCACCAAACCCAAACACCUAUAUCAGUUGUUCCCAAAAUUAUUUGGCCUGCGACCCAAUUUUGAUAUCCAACAUUUUUCGAGACCCCACCAUAUAAAAAGAGUGACAUAAUCAAUGGCCAAUGUUUACUUUCUAAUUGGUCUAGUACAAAUCAGUCUAACAGUACUUUUGACAGUAUUUAACUCUGAAGGAAGUAUGGUUUGAAGUGACUGAAAUGCACCAGAAAGGUAUUGGGAAGUUCAGAAGAUCACCAGGCAAUAAAGUUGUAUGAUCUUCUGUGUAGAAAAUAAUAUCAUAAUUGAUUACAGUAUGUGUUUUUCCUUCCCAAUAGUAUUUAGUGCCUGGUCUUGUCCACGCUGUUCUAAUGAGUCCUGAGUGCUUGUGGGCAGUGUAGAGGGAAACAGAAGACACAUAAGUGUUCCUAAGAGUGUUAUCUUUCAGGGAUGGGGUCAGAAUAUGCUGUAACUUAAACCGUUCAAAAGAUAGAGACGCAUUUGUAGGAAGAAAACAGAAACAGCUCUGUUUAUUACAACCGCAACUCGCGGCUACCGGAGGUUACUGACGUAACCCCGGUUCUAUGAACCAAGAGCGAUUUUGUACAUUUUAUUUCAGAUUUAUUCUUGUGACACCAUUUUUAAAUCAGGGGACAGACACUACAUGGGGUCGCAACCUUUAGUUUGAGAAACGCUGACCUAUAUUUACCCAACCGAACUCAAACACCUAUCGCAAUUUUGAUUGAACACAAAUAUGCUAAAUUUCUGUUUUUAAACUCCAUAUAAAACGUCUGUGUCAAUUUUGCUUUCUGUAAAUAGACAUUGCUGUCCAAUACCAACUACCACGCCCACUACCAAUCAAAUCCUCUUUGAUCUCACUGUGAUCUCAGAGUGAAUAAAGAGGUCUGCUCUGAUUCACAACCAGACAGAGCAGAAAAGAUCUACACACAGAAUGUCCAGAACCUUCCUACCAGCUCUACUGCUCUAUGGAUUGAGUAAGUAAGCCACUGUUAAAUCUAGAUUGACUGCAUCCGUCAAGUAUAACAAGAACGUUCAGUGCAGCACUUUUUCCUGAUUUCUAACAUGUACAUGUGAUAUCAAUGACGAUAGUUAUUAACUUAGGACUUUGUUCUCUGUGUUUCAGGUUUGGUCUCUAUUUUGGUUUCUCAGUCUCAGACUGUGGAGGUCCGUACUGGGGAUACCAUCACUUUGCAGUGCUCCAAUGUUACAACGGUUGUGGGACACACAGCAUGGUUCAAGCAAGUCAACGGAUCAGAGCCUGUGUGUAUCUCGUCUAUGUACGGCUUUAAUUCAACACCUGAUCUCCACAAUGGUUUUCAAAGGAGCCAUUUGGAAAUGUUCAGCAACAACACCAGUAUCUUUCUCAAAAUCACAAAAGUGGAAAUAGCUGACUGUGGCCUGUAUUUCUGUGGAUUGCAUCCACAUAGCCACAUGUUGUUUGUCAACGCAACAGUUCUAAAAAUUCAAGGUACGUUAUCAACUAUUUAUCUGGCUUUUGAUACAUUUGAAAAUGUUUAUCAACCUAAUCAGGAGUUAUCAUGAAAGAAAGGCAAACCAUUGAUGGACAUAUUUAUUAUCAUUCUAAUUUUGAGAAAAAAUACUUAUCUAUUCUUACUAAUCUCAAUGUUAUAGGGCACAACGGAGGUGAGGAAAUACAGGAGUCAUCUAUAGAGCGUGAGUUUCUUUUUUCAUUGUCAUGUAGAUUAUUAUUUUUUUAAUUAAGAAACAAAAACGCAUAAUGUUGAGGUCUGUCAAUAAAGGGCCACCAAAUGAUUUAAUAAAAUGUAAUCUAAUAGGACAUUGUAAUGGAACUAUCAUUCUAGUAGGAGAGGAUGAUGAUGGAACCAUGUACCUCCUCCCCCUGGUUGUGAUCCUGGGUGUUGUGACUGCUGUUCUACUGAUAGUCGUCCUCAUCCUGGUCCUCAAGAUCAUACGAGAGGCAAAAACACACAACACAGGUAGGAGCCCAUUUCAUGAUAAUAUGGAUCUUGUGAACUACACUUCAAAUGUGGAUGUUUUUCCCAUUACAUACUGUACACUGAUGAUCAGAAGAGUCAGUGUGUACACUAGAAUGGAAUGAUCCAUUAAUCUGUUCUCUCAUCUCUCUUUUAUAUCAUAUUCAGGACCUGAUUCUCAAAGACAACCACAAAAUGAUCAGGUAAAUACUGCAUGGUUAAAUACUUAAUUAUAAGCAAUUCAGAAACGCUGAAAAUUACAACUGUAGUCUAUGUCAUGAUGUUUGCAAAUCUACAGAAUCAAGAUCCAGAUGCAUUGAAUUAUUCCGCCCUGAAUUUCACCUCCAAGAAGAGGAAGAUGGAGAGGAGAAGAGAGAAGGAGCUGGACCCCCAUGUAGUGUAUGCUGCUACAAGAUGACAAAGAGGAGGAGGAUGGAAGAUGAGGAAGAUUGGUUUGCCAUAUCUUUGAAUACACGUUUAAAUAUUUCUAAAUUGAAUGUGUAGUUAAAUAAAAUGUUUUGAUAUCUCUGUAGCCCUCUCCAACUCAGUUAGGCCACACAGCUCAAUGGUACAGGGUGAGGUUAGAGAGGAGGAUUUAGAAGUCAAAACACAACUGUUUAAUGGCUGCAGAGGAGUAUUUGCCUCUUUUGGCCUCUCUUAACUUAGAUCUCUGUUGUGUGUUUUAGUGAUUUUUUUAUAGGGUGACCCUGAGGGGCAAAGGACCCAGCAGUAGACAAUUGUAUUGAUAACUUAUAAAGACAAAUAAAGAGUUAAAAACAAAAUUGCCUUUGUCAUGAUUGUGUUUGUCAAUUAGUAUUUCCUGUCUUUGCACUGAUCAUAGCCCCCUAUUCUGAAAAUCACCUUAUAAGGUGAAUAUGUUUGGGGUCUGAGGUAGAGGAGGGGCCAGUGAGGGUAUGCAUCACUUCCUGUGGUGUGAGUGACAGGAAGGUGCAGCUCAGUGUA